AUGGCUACUGAACAAUCAUCUCCAGAAUCUCCAACACGCAAACGUCCACGUCGUACAAAACAAGAUCCACAAUUUGCAUUCGAUAAGGCAGCACAUGCUGAAACUGACAUGGAUACAACUAAUUCAAAUAAACGAAGUCCAAUAAGAAAGAAAACAAAAUCAUUACAAUCUGUUGAUUCUGUUGAUACAAGUGCUGAUUUAUAUGAACCAGGUGAUAUUGUUUGGUGUAAAUUAGGUGGUUUUCCAUGGUGGCCAGCAUUAAUUUAUCGUUGUGAUGCUGAAGGUGGAAUUCAUACAAAAACAUUAAAUUCAAAUAACAAACCAAAACGAUUAUUUUUUGUUUAUUUUUAUGGUAAAUAUCUUGAAUAUUCAUGGAUAUCAACUCGUUGGCUAUUAAAAUAUGCUGGGUUAAGUAGUUUUAUUCAACAUGCUGAAGCUGCUGUUCAACAAGCAGCAACAAAAUCCGAACAGCAAGAAUUAGCUAAUCGAUAUCAAUUGAAAGUUUCAAUGAAAAAACGUGUUCAAUGGGAUGAGGCAAUUGAGUUAGCUGACCGUGCGCUAGCAAUAAAAAAUAAUGAAAGAAUUGAAGAAUUUAGUGAACUAUUAAAAGAGGCUUCGGAUCAACCGAAAAGUGUACGUCGUCGAAAGGCAUCUGUUGAGAAAAGUGAAGAUGACGGAGGAAAUAAACGACGUGUACGAGAUUCUUCAGCAUCAUCUGUUGUUUCUAUUCAUGAUACAAAUGAUCAGGCGAAUGCUGAGGAAAAAUCUCCUAUGAUUAUUCGAAAACCUAAUUUAUUAAAUCAAAAUGAUUCAACGGCACUAUCAGGAGAUGAACAAACAGAAAAAAAGAAACGUGGUCGAAAGCGAAAAUCAGACAUACAAAUUGAAACCACCAUCACCACCAAUAAUAAUUUAUCGAAUUCGAUCGAUGCAACGCCUGAUGAUAAUCAACCAAUGAAAACUCGACCAAAAAAGACAUCUCCAACCAAAGAUCGAACUGUUUCGGAAAAACCUACACGUAAAAGUCGACGAUCAGCCAUGACCAAUGAUAAUGAGGUUGAAUAUGACUUUCCAACGACAUCAAAUAGUUCUGAUCGACAAACAUCAUCACAAAUGGUUCAACUUAUUCAAGCCAACAAUCCUCCAUUAUCAAAUUAUGAACAAAAACAAAUCGUUGAAGGUCUUCUUCAUCAUACGAAUGAGAAAACUUUAACUUUUGAUGAAGCGCAAACAUACGCAAUGAAUAAAGCAAUUGAAAUAGUUAAUGAAAAUCAUAACUAUCGAAUGAGUAGUAUUUCUCCUGAAUGGUUCUAUGAAUCAAUACUACUAAAAUAUCCAGCGGUCGUAUUUAAAUAUCGCUCAUGGUUUGACAAUAUCAAAACCGAUGUUAUACCGAAUGGAAAUGAUAUGAUCAAACUUAAACAAUGGCAAAUUGCACUUAUGCUUCAUGCACAAAUAAAAGCUGAGCAGCAACAGCAACAAAAUUUAUAA